AUGGCAGCAAAGGCUGCAGCGUCAGGAGCAAAUUUAAAAUUGACCGAGGCAUUCAAUUUGGAGGGGAAUUGGACAAGUCAGCAUUUCGUGAAACUUGUUCCCAAGCAACUGCUUUGCACUCUUAGAUCUGAUUUGAAGUCAAACAUGGAAAAGCUUCUCGCAACUUCUACGUCUUAUCUGUUGGUGUUGGGGUUCAAUUUCCAUGGUGAUGCAAUGGAGACUGGUGUGUUUAUUUGGACUUCAUUAGUUUGGGUUGCACGUCUGUGGGGUUCUCUUGUCCUUGCUGAACUGGUUGAUGCAUUGUGGACAAUUGGUACCAAGACAGGACUUUUUGCAUCUGAAGUGAGGGCUCCUGUUCCGUUCAUUCCAGUCCCAGGGCAAUCUUCCAAAUUUCAGAAUGGGGCUUCAGCUACUGGAAGAUUGGGUUUGGCGCUUGCAGAAGAAUCAAUAUCUCCAUGGGGGCCGGAUGGAGAACUGUGCUCUUGGAAGGUUGAAGCGGGAGUAGCUGUUUCUGAGGAUAUGGCAGCAUGA